CGUUGUAAACGCCACCAAUAUCUAUUCAAGUCAGCCCACUAUCGAUAGUCCAACCUCCACUUAGUCCAGCUGCGUUCCUGUUCGAACGUAAUCUAAACGCUUGGAAACAGCAUUGACAGAACAUUGUCCAUCCAAAACCAAACGGUGUGCGAUUGAUAGUUGCAAGGAUAGUUGUUAAGUACCACCGUCGAACUGUCAUUGCACUCUUCAUCGAUGCACACCACCUGAUAUCGAUGUCGAUUGCACUAAUGGCCAUUUCCCCCACCCUGCCACUACUUCCGCAACUCUAGGGAUCUCGGUCCGUAUCUUCUGUGGGCUGGAAUUCCGAACUCGCGUUGUGAAUCGGGCUGUCUGAUUGAAUUACUUCCUUCGCCGUUUCUCGGCAUUUAUUCCCCUGAUCUUUUAAUGUCGAUCUUUUCGACGAGCACUGUCUUCCGAGAGCUCUGAUCCCUCCCUUCGUUGCUUACAUCCUCUCUCUUACACGACUGUAGACUGUAUCAUGGAUCACCAAAGCAAGGACGAUGUGAAGCAGUCUUUGAAGGUCGCUGGCGUCGUUGCCUUUUACAUGGGUGCAGCACUUGUGAUGGUCUUCGUUAACAAGGCAGUUCUCAACUCGUCGCCUGAUCUGCCUCUACUCUUCCUCUUGAUUCAGCUCAUCCUGGCUGUGGUCUUAUUGCAUGCAGGGGCUUUCAUCACUCCAAAGAUUGAAAUACCUCAGCUCGAGUUAAAGACUGCCAAGAAGCUGAUGCUUGUCACGUUGGUCAACGUGAUUGGGUUGGUAUUCAACAUUCUUUGCUUGCGUGGAGUGGAAGCCUCGUUCUUCCAGAUCGCCCGAGGACUGGUUUUACCUCUUACCAUUUUCGUGUCCUCAGCCAGCACCAGUAGCCUGCCAUCUAUUCGCGUCAUCCUGGCGGCCAUCGUCGUCACUUUUGGAUUUCUCGUGGGUGUGGCGCCUGAGUCUUUGGAAAAUGUCCGACAAAUGGCCUCGGCCCCCAGCGGUAUCUCCAUAUUCUAUGGAGUGGUCUCGUCACUUUUCAUCGCAGUUCACGCGGUGUUGAUUAAGAGUUCAUUGCCGCAUGUUCACAGUUCCACCAUUCAGCUGGCUUAUUGGCAAAAUCUUGGGUCUUCGCUUUUCCUGGCACCAUUCAUACUCAUCCAGGGUGAACAUCUAAGGUUGCUCGAGCUCAUUCGCACUCCGUCUUGGAACGGAAACGUGUUCGCAUGGGGCAGCUUCAUUACCGGCGUUUUCGGAUUCCUGCUUUGCGUGGCCGGCUUGCUCAGCAUCAAGGUCACCAGUCCUAUCACCCAUAUGUUCUCCAGCGCAGCUCGUUCAGUGCUCCAGACUCUCCUCGGUGUAUGGCUCUUCAAUGAUCUUCUCACCCUGAAUCGCGGUCUGUCUAUUCUGGUAAUUCUCCUGGGAACAAUGUACUACACCUGGGUUAAAUCCGUUGAAACCGCGCAGGCCCGGCCAAGUGUGCCUAGGACCAAACCAACGGAUAUCGAGGCCAAUAGAGUUAAAGAUAUCGAAGAGACGACAAUCAUGUGGGAGGCGGAUGAAAAGCGUGUUAGUGAGAGGGAUUGAAAGCAUUUGCGGACGACUCGGGGGACUUGAUCUCUUCUUGACACAUACCAAUCUACGACCAAUCGACGUUAAUACGCCUCAUCAGACUGGUUAGACAUACGUGCGCCGUAUGUCCUGACGUUGAUGAAAUCACUUCGUUGAAUGACAAGGGACUUUGAACGGACACUCGGGAUCUUGUGUAGAUUACUUGGGACCAUAUGCUACGGACAUGUUGUGUGGGUAGAGAGAUCUGUUGCGACGUAAGCAAUACGGCGGAUGAUCCUUCAAUGGUACAAUUGGACAUGCAGGACAUACGACUCGAUUGUGUGCAGCCUGAGUUUCUUGGUGGGAAUUGCUAG